GCCAGCUCAGGCUAUUAUGAUCUUUGUACCCUUUAUCUGAAGACACGUUCCAACCAAGAGCCUUGCAUUAUUUCAGAUUAUUAUCUGAGAGCUGCAGCCCAGCCACUUAAAUUGAAAGGCAACACUCUGCAAACAGCUGACUUCAGCAGCUGGAGGAGAUGUCACGUGACCUGAAAUAAACAAGAGUGAAAGAAGAUUCCUCGCUGCCUGCAUGUGGUGAGAAAGUGGAGGAAAAGUCUCGUUCUAAAAGCUGAUUUCAGUCCUCGCACAUCUGAAUUCAUAGUUCAAGGGAGGAGGUGAAGACUCCUAGGACAUCAAGUGACCAUAUCAGGCUGUCUUUGCAGCACAGCAGAAGCCAAGUUCUUUGGGUCGAUCCCUGGACUCCUUCCUGAAAUUCUGGCCGGCAUCUGUAUCCGUUGGCUUCCUUCUUGGGACAAGCAUGGACCCCAGAGGUCUACGGUUCUUCGUCCUCUUCCCUAUCCUGUUUGCCUCCGUCCAGCUGUGUGAAAUCCCUGCAGGAAAUUCCGAUCGCAUCAGGUCUUUGAACGCGGAGCUAUUGAAAGUGGCGGAUGAUGCGUCUGAGGAGCCGAACCCCAGUGUUUACCUGGCCCUGCGGCUGUCUAAUGACCACAACUUGCAGAAGGAGAUCCAGUACCUCCAGCGCCUGAAAGAUGCCUUUCAGCCCAAUGCCAGCUCCACUCCGACUCCCGUCCGCUACCAAGAGCAUCCUGGCACAGGUCAGCUGGCCCUGUACCUCCUUGCGCUGCGUGCUGCCUGCCACGACAUGGAGACGCUUGAAGGGAGGCAGCUGGUGACCCAGCUUAAGCUUCACUUGAACAAGGAAAAGGCGCAGAUAGGUCACAAGGACACAGGACACCCCAUCACCAACUACUACCAGUACAGCUUGGGGGUCUUAGCUUUGUGCGUCCACCGCAAGAAGAUUGACGAGCACGUGAUCCAUAAGCUCUUGCACGCAGAGGAGCAGGGACGAUUUGUGCUCCACAACAAACACUCUGUGGACACAGAGGCGAUGGGAGGUCUGGCCUUUGCCUGCUUGGAACGGGCCACCUUCUACAGGCCAGAGCUGGUGGCAGACCUCAGCCAGGCUGUGCAGAGAGUCAAGCAGAAGAUACUGCAGGCCAAGACUGCAGAAGGGGCUUUUGGCAAUGUCGACAGCAGCCCCCUGGCCACACAGUUCCUCAUUGCUACGGGAAUGAACCCGGAGUGUCCCGAAGCUGUUGCAACCCUGAUUCGGAGCCUGGAUCGAGGAGAUUUCCAAAACACUCUCAUCAAGUCCCAGUUGCUGCCUGCCCUGCAUGGCAAGAGUUACCUGGAUGUCGCCGGGAUGGUGUGCCAAGCUGAGAGAGGUGGUUUGGAUCUUGUCACCUCCUCCCCCAGGCUGGAGCUGCCCACCGGGAGCAGGCCGAGCAUCCUCGUCCAUCUGCUUGUGAAGCAGCCACCUCUUCGCGUGCCGUUGUACAGAAACGUCCUCAGAGUUCCUCUCGGCUCCUCUCUGCUGGACGUGCUGAAAGCUGCGGAGGAGCUGAACACCCACAAGCGCUUCACGUUUGAGACCCAGAACACGCUGUCUGGCCCUCUGUUGACCGCAGUGAUGGGGGUGAAGCCUCGGGAAGGGGAACGCAAGUACUGGAAGGUUCUCCGAGCUCCAAACACCGCCCUGGAGCAAGGUAUCGCAGACUACAUCCCACAAAACGAAGAAACCAUCCUCUUCAAAUUUAGCCCUUGGUAGAUACAGCCCACACUCUGGCAAGGACCUGAUUGAUUGGCUCUCUGUUAUCUCUGCCCCAACUGGCUCUCAGGACACAUAAAGACACCAGCACAGAGGGAGCAAUAGAGAAAUCCUGAAACAACAAUGGGACACGGAACAGCAACAACUGAUAGAAAGAAUAUAUUACAAGGACAGGAAGAAACAUUACGGACAGAAUAAUUGCCACACGCAGGAAGAACAAGAAGAGAGUUUGAAUGCUUCACCUGUAGCUGUAUAAAUCAUUUAAUGUGCCAAUACAAAUGGAAGUCUUUAAAAUUGCAGCUGGCGAUAUAAAGGAUUGUUAUUUUGACCAGAAUGUAAUUGGAAUUUUUAAGAUUUUGGAACGCAGAAAUAAAGUAAACCACCAAACCACCUAAAUUGUAUAAUUUGGCAUCUCAGUGAUUGGUAGGAUUAUUAAUUGUAUUAUAAUUUGGCAAUGUUAGAAUGAGGCCAGUAUUGGAUUGUUGUAAUUGAAAACUAAUAAAAAUUUGACACACACCCCA